AUGGCCAAGCCGGAACACGCAAAGUCGACCGGUUAUGAACGCAAAGUUCGUGCCUAUCUUGAUAGUCAAGGUAUGGUCAAGCUGGGACACGCAAAGUUGACCGGUUAUGAACGCAAAUGCUGGACUAGUGGUAUAAAAAAAUCAAACCAGUAUGACGAGAUUAUUCAAAAGCAUAUUACUGAACGUAAUGCCCUUAUGGAAGAACAGCAUAACGAAAUUCUAAAAAAUUCGAUGUUACGAGAUCAAGUCGUACGAACCACACUUGAAGAAUAUCUAAUAAGAAAACGUCCAGCUGAGGAAGCUUCUCCCAUCAUCACUUCUCCUCCUAAUCUUCGAGAUCGUACAAAUGAACCAUCGGGUUCAGCUGAGGAAGUUAUCACACCUCUUCCCGACCUUCGCAAUUCCACUCCCCCUCCAUUUUAUAGUAGCAGGGUUAACUCUUUUGACGAUCACAACGAAGAAUCGGCCGAAGUUGAAGAUGGAUCAACUGAAGCACCGCCAUCGAAUGACCGCUAUGAAUCUGAUGCAGGGAUUGCACGUGAGGGCGACAAUAAUCCUUUUAUAGCACAGACGGGGGAAGAUUCAACGAAAGAUAAGUGGUUAACACAGGAUGGAUACAACAUCUCUAUCGACUUUCGUAAGUUUCAGGCAGAAUCAAUCAAAAAAUUGGAAAUUAAUCCGACUUUAUCAUAUGCGAAAGAAAUCGAUACGAUAUUGUGUCUAUCAUCGAUUAUGUAUUGCAAUGAACUUAAACCAGAAUAUGUUGAAUGUUCCGAAAAGACAUGGAAUGGAGCUCGUCCAAGAUCAUUAAUUCCGAAGGAGUUGCCGACUGUUGCUGACUUAGUAAUAAUCGAAUACAGCAGG